AUGCUUCUCAAGAAGGACCAGUUUAAGUGGGGAAAAGAGGCUGAGGAAGCAUUCAACAGGCUUAAAGGAGCAAUGACCCCAGCUCUUGUAUUAGCUCUGCCAAAUUUUGACCAGCCCUUUAUUGUGGAGACAGAUGCAAGUGGGGUUGGCAUUGGAGCAGUUCUGAUGCAAGGAGGCAGGCCCAUUUCUUUCCUAAGCAACGCUUUAUGCCCAAAAAAUCAAGCACUCUCAAUCUAUAAAAGAGAGUUUCUAGCAGUACUCCAAGUUGUACAGAAGUGGAGACACUAUCUACAAGGCCACAUGUUCACUAUAAGAACUGACCAACAGGCCCUAAAGUAUUUAAUGGAGCAAAAAGUGGCCUCCUCUUGGCAACAAAAGGGAAUAAUAAAAUUAUUGGGACUGGACUAUGAUAUACAGUACAGAAAAGAAAAGGAAAACAAGGCAGCUGAUGCCUUAUCAAGGGUUGGUGAAGGAGGGGUUUGCACAGCUAUAUCCACAAUGGUACCCACCUGGCUGAAAGAAAUCAUUGAGAGCUAUAAGGAAGAUGAGGUUCUCAAGGGUUUCAUGGAAGGCAAGCUUGAUCCUUAUGAUAAAUAUUGGAAGGCAUGA